AGUGAGAUCACCGCUGCUGCCGUGAGUGUGUACGAGAGGCAACUGAAAGCAUAACCUAUACUGCAGCCACACUUACAUUUGUGAGUAGAAAUAAUAUUCGGGAAGGGCUGAACGUUGUGGAGUACCAUGUCGGACACGGAGACCAAACCUUCAGGUGACGGAGGAGAGAAGAAGGACGGAGAGUAUAUUAAACUGAAAGUGAUUGGUCAGGACAACAGUGAAAUUCACUUUAAAGUGAAGAUGACGACGCAUUUAAAGAAGCUUAAGGAAUCAUACAGUCAGAGACAGGGUGUCCCCAUGAACUCUCUAAGGUUUCUUUUUGAAGGACAGAGAAUCACAGACAACCAGACCCCCAAAGAGCUGGGAAUGGAGGACGAGGAUGUUAUCGAGGUGUACCAGGAACAGACCGGCGGCUUUUGGAACGACUAGACCUUUACUUCAACUCUCUUCUCUUUAAAUCUUAAUUUUGUAUGUAUGACGUUUAUUUCAUCUGUUUCCUUUUGUGCUUCUCUCAGAGGGAAAUGGAAAAACCAUCUGGAUCAAAGCGAUACUCCGCUAGGGCUGCUGCAAGUGAGGGAGAGAGGCAAAAGAAAUAA